AAUGUGGGCGAAUCGAGGCACAAACACGGAGCUAUUAUAGUGACGCACCGCACAAAAUAUCCAAGCAUGGCGUCGGGUCAUUUGUGUAAGCUACACAGUCUCCUGACACGACUGUCGUACGGCUCCACAUUGCGACAUGUUCAGACUUGUUUGGUGCCAGUUCGACAGAGGUCCAGUAUUGAUGGGCCAAACUGCAAUGUGGAAAUUGGUGUGACGUCAGAUGGGAAAACCAUAGUGUGUUACCAUCCCGCCAUGGACAUUCCUUAUGAGCUUACGCAGCCUAUUGAACGACCAGACCCCCUGACCAACACAGUUGAGACGCAUGAUCAGGUUUUAAAGGCCCACCUCAGCAACGAUGUGCUGAAGGAAGAAAAGGGGCCCACUAUAGAGGAGCUGAGCAAGAUGUUUUUCACCACAAAACACCGCUUUUAUCCAGUGGGACUGUAUCGCAGGAAGCGCAUAAAUAAGAACCCCGCUAAGGAUCGAUAGUUUAAAAACUGCAAAUGAUAAUUGUUUUGUUGUCACAAUCCCGUAAAAUAAACUGUUAAACAUUCA